AAGAGACCACAGCUGUCCCUCAUACCCUAGAGUCCAAACUGAGGCUGUUGGAUAUUGAUACAGGUGAGUGAACUCAUCUUUAAUAUUUGAUCUCCUGAGAUUAUAUAAGAUUUACGAUGAUUUCAAUGUUCGGAUGAGACUGCUAGGAUCUUUACGUGUUUUAAUGAAUACAUUCCCGAAGAAGAAAAUCCCAAAACCACGAAGACAUUAAAUUUGAUACAGAUGAAACGUGUUCCGUGAGUGUAGUCUGAAUGGUCUAGAAACCGAUGCAUUAAAUAAAAAAAACGAAAUACAUCUCAUGGACUCUCCGUUUUGAAUCGAUAUUGCAAUAGCGACCGUGGCCUUGUUAUGAACUUAACAGAAGAGAUUUAACAUCGCCUCAUUUCAAAACAUUUAAACGACUAAUGUAGAGCCGCAAAAUGCCGACCCUGGUUCGGCCGGAGAUCAUGUGUUCCCCCCCCCCCCACCCCCGCACUUUUUUCACUUCAGACUUUGCACGUGUAUUUUGACAUAGGUGUAUCCAUGAGCCAAGAUCUUGACAGAUUAAAAUAUAUCUGAGAUAUAUAUCAAUUUUCAACCCUCUAAGAUGUAAGGAAGUUGAUAAAAUGAAUUUAAUUGUUUAAAAUUACUGAUUUCAUGGAGGGCGAACAAAAUUAAAUUUUUAAUAAAAAUUAUAAUAUUUAAGACUUUUCUAUAAGUUGCUAAUUUCCAGAAGAAACUUUGAAAUUGAACUAGAUAUGAACAAGAGAAAUGGCCUUGUUCAAGAGUUUGUUGUUUAGAGAAUUGUAUUAUGAACGUGCUUCUCUGUAAUAUUUAUUUAAUGAAGCAGUACAAAGACGAGUUAAAAGGAAGAAAACCUAAAAAAAAUUGGUAUUUUUCCUUAGACGUUAAUUCAUCCUAAAAUACAAGCACAUACUAACAAAAGCCAAGUCUUUACCCGGUACGCUGUACACUGUACAGGAUAUCAUCUUCGACUCAGUACAAACAACAUUAGCUCAUAAAAUCUGUAGAAAUUGUCAAGAACGCCUUGAUAUAAAUUCUGUCUACAUUGACACAUUUUUCACAGAAAGCAUUUUUAGCAGUUGACUGUUCUGAAAUGAACAAGACAUUUUUCUUGUCAGUUCAUUGUUUCAUUAUUACACGGCAUUUUGUCCAGACCCUCCUGUACAAGUAGCUUGACAUUAGGGCACAGUUGCAUAGCUGUCACCCUGUGACAUAGGUGUCACCAGUUACACUAGAAAGCCUUCAAUAAAUUGGCUGUCCUCAGAUACAUUCAGUGCCCGCGGUACAUUGGUGGCCCCCCGGAAAAUAGGUGUCACCAGGUACACUAAAAGGCCUCCAAUAAAUUGGUUAUCCCCCAGUACACAGGUAGCCAAAUCUGCAAACAAAAGCUCCAUCUUGCCCCCAUAAUGAUAUGCUAAAGUCAUAGAUUGCCCCCAUAAUGAUAUACUAAAGUCAUAGAUUGCCCCCAUAAUGAUAUGCUAAAUUCAUAGAUUGCCCCCAUAAUGAUAUACUAAAGUCAUAGAUUGCAUGAAAAAAAAGGACUCAUUUAGAAUCCUGUGAAAAUGACGAUCGGGGCUUGUGCCCCCUGUGAUCCCACCUUCGUACGGCCCUUCUCCUCUGAAACUCUCAUAACAAGACUUAAACUCAUUCCAGAUCACCCAUGCAUACGCCAGCCAGGGGCGCUGCUCCCCCACCCAGAAAACUGCCACUGGUACAUCAACUGCAGCCUCGCCAACCUUGACGACACCCAGGCGAGAAGCAACGAGGAGCAGGGCGACGACCCGAGCGAGGACACACGCGAGGGCUUUUACCUUCUGCAGCCGUUCAGGGUGCGCCGCGAGGGCGUCUUCGUCUGGGAGUGCCGGUUUCCCCAGCUGUUUGAUGACGUCACGAACGUGUGUCGAGAGUUUAUCAACGUGGAGUGUAAGAACCGCUUUGAGCCGGUCGACCAAUGUGAGUAGAACAGGGAAAACUCUUCAGCGUUACGUUUAUCUAGUGUUUAGGUUAUUUGAUAUUAGGUUUAUUAUUUAGUAUUCGGUUUAUUUAGUGUUUAACACAGAUAUAUCAGAUUCUGUUGGUAAAUAGCUAAACAUCGAAGCAAAAAAAGUUCCCUAGAUGAUAGUUCUCUAGAUAUUAGCUCUCUAGUACCCUACAUACUAUUUCCCUAGAUCUUGCGACCCUAUAUAUAGUUCUGAGUUCCUUAGUUCUUGGUUCCCUGGACUUUAUUUCCCUGGAUCUUUGUAAAUGGAUCAACUGUGUCCCAUAGUGUCAUGUGUUUGGACUCCUUGAUUAAAUAAAAAUUGUUUUAAAAAAAUUUAAAAAAUGCUAGCUUCGACAAGGUGAAUCCUAUCACUACAUAGUGUACCUCAGUGACGUCCUAUGACAUUUGGCCGGUCUAGUUUGUUGACACUAGCUAAACACGUGAGUGUGUCACUAAUUGGUCAACUUCUCCUGUCGACGGUCGCGUGGGUCAAUACAGGAUGGGCAUGUCAGACAGUCACGUGACGAGACAUGGGGGAGGUUUAAAGUAGCUUUCUGCUCGACUCAUAAGGAAAUUAAUCUUACUACUACUAGGGCUUCUCAACCCGUUGGAGUCUUUUUUUUUUUACACAGGGUCCGGGUAUUUUAAGAAAAUAGGUGGUGAUGGUUACAAGUGCACACAAAAUAAAAAAGAAAUGUGGAUAUGUUUUUUUUUUUUUUUUUUUUUUUUUUGGGGGGGGGGGUGGUUUUUGAAGAGGAAGUAGGACGAACCAGAAGAAAAAAUAUAUUUAAAAAGUAUUUAUACGUGAAUAUCAUAAUAUUCUCUUUGUUGGCUCUCUCAUUAUUGUAUAUCAUGUGUACUCUCAUUAGCAGAGCCGUCACAUGGGGCAUCUAACCCCUAUGGUUGUGGGGGCCUCGGAUAGUUAAGGGGACUAUUUUUAUGAUCAGGGGAAAAAUGUUUUAUUUUAUUUCUUUGUUAAAUAAUUUACUGCUGUUGCAAAUUCAGCAAGGACUCACUUGGUGGUUGCUCUGUUCAAACUCUACAUGUUUCUGGCUGUAUGUCCCUAGGGGGCCUAAGCCGUGCCCCCCCCCCCCCCCCCUGAUAGUGCAUCUUAUCCAGAAAGUAUAGCCGAUGGAUAACGGAUUGACACUGUCAAACGUGUAACUAUCCAUGUCAAAGAUGACCCACUUCCCCCACACAAAAUAAAACCAGGUCUGUUCUAAGACGCUGCCAUAAGGGAGACCUGAUGGUCCCAAGUAUUGAUUGCGCUAAAAUGAUUGAGGCUCGAUGAUUGCUUGAUUGCGCUAAAAUGAUUGAGGCUUUCGCUAGCUGCAAAGAGCGCAGCGUUGCUAUUUGAGUGAAUAAUUAAAUACGCUGAAAUGUUUAACUUUUUAUAUUUCUUUUCAAUUUUAAGUAAUUAUGAAAGCGAACGAAAAAAAGGCCCCACUUUGAAAGAAGCGGGCCUGAAACCGAAAAGUGGCAGUGAGGCGGGGCGCCCACACUAACGUGACGGCACUGCUCUUAACACAUCUUAUAAACCUAAUAAACCUAUCGCAUCUUCUGAACCUCAUAAACCUAUCACAUCUUCUAAACCUAAUAAACCUAUCACAUCUUCUGAACCUAAUAAACCUAUCGCAUCUUCUGAACCUAAUAAACCUAUCGCACCUUCUGAACCUAAUAAACCUAUCGCAUCUUCUGGACCUAAUAAACCUAUCGCACCUUCUGAACCUAAUAAACCUAUCUCAUCUUCUAAACCUAAUAAACCUAUCUCAUCUUCUGAACCUAAUAAACCUAUCACAUCUCCUGAACAUAAUAAACCUAUCACAUCUUCUGAACCUAAUAAACCUAUCGCAUCUUCUAAACCUAAUAAACCUAUCGCAUCUUCUAAACCUAAUAAACCUUGCACAGAAGGGAUCUGUUAAUAGAUGUGGAGUAAAUAAAUAUUGCAAUAAAUCUAACUGAAAGUCACGUGUAAUGAGACCAACGGUCACCUGUCAUUAGACCAGCGGUCCACAGACCGAGACACAGCGACCUUUCAAAAAUAAUUUUCACCUUUGUUUCACACAUCUUCACGGUUUCCAUUUCCACAGGUGAAUACUCUGCCCGUCAACAAUGUCAAGGUCAGAGGUGCUUGCCCUGUGAGAAGCGGUUCGGCAAGUGCCGAGGCCGAGAGAAUGGCGUGUACCCCGUCCAUCAAGACAAGUGGACGCCCCUGUUUGUGACCUGUUACCUCCAGAGAAACAUCGCCCUUGAUGAAUGUAUCCCACCAACCCCCAUAUUUUCACCUGAAGCGCUGGACUGCGUCUCUCUGUUCGAGGUAUGACCCAAACGUCUGCUGAUAUUUCUGCUUCUGUCCGCUUCUUUCGUUGAGGAAUCUCUGGGAGGUACACUCGGUAGGGAGGUAUUGUUGGCAGGGAGGUACAGUUGGCAGAGAGGUACAGUUGGCAGGGAGGUACAGUUGGCAGGGAGGAAAAGUAGGCAGGGCGGUAUACUUGGCACUAUUUUAUUGUUUUGUUCUCCCCCUUUUGAUCACUUUAGGGGAAGUCAUUGUAUGAGGAAUAAUAAAUACCAGUUAUCUUUCUUGAAGUUGUCAACAUCUUAUUGAGCAAAGUCUUUCGGGACAUUAAACCACUAAAGUUGCGACUGAUUGAUGAGCAAUAACUUCGAUUUAAAAAAGAAAAGAAAUUAUGAUGCUUCAUUUGUUCCACAAGCCUCGCAAUUCAAACACAUUUUUGUUCCACCAGGUUCCAAAAGUCCACGGUGGUUUCCUGCCGGACUGCAGCAGCCGACCUGACGGCUACUACCCAGACGAGCAAGGUCGCUGUGCCAUCUUCUUCCGCUGUGCUUUAGGGACGUUUCGCGGUUAUGACGAGUGCCCACCUGGCAGUGUAUUUGACCCAGCUGUACCGUCCUGCCAGCCGUUCAGGUAGGGAGGUCUUGUCAGGUCGUUUAAGUUGGUUGAACUAAACAUAGCAAAGUCGCACCCUCUAACGCCACAGCAUAAUGGCUGUGUUGCUUAUGGUUGAAAUGGCUAGAAAGACUUUGCCAUUGUAUGCUUGUACUUAGUUUUUGUCGUGUUGUGUUUGUUUUAAAUGUGGUAAACUAUAGAUUUUUUUUUUUUUUGACUUUGUACCGCGCUUCGAGCCUUUGGGGAUGAAGCGUGUUUUUGAAAUGAACUUUAUUAUUAUUAUUAUCUAAUGCCAAAGUCUCUAAUGUCACAGCAUCUAAUGUCACAGCCCUUCAUGUCACAGCCUCUAAUCUCACAUUCGCUAAUGUCACAGCCUCUAAUCUCCCACUUAUUCCUUCAGCCUUGCCUCCCGGCCUUGUGGAGAAGGUCAAGCUCCUCUUUGUGGCGGUAAGUUGGAUGGCCAUUACGCUGACCCCUACGGACGCUGCACUCAUUACUUUGAAUGUAAGCAAGGCGCCUUCCAACAGUACAACACAUGUGACCUGGGCAUCUUUGACCCCCUGACCCAGAAAUGCGUCCUGUCGGCUGAACUAACUGUGAGACCAUGUGGACUCCAGGUAUGGAACCCGAAAAACUUCUUUGUUUUGAUAACUUCCCUUUUUUCAGGUGUAUAGGUCAAAGUUCACUUUUAAACUAUGCAAAAGAAAAUAUCAACACCCAUGUGUUUGUCAAAAUUACCAUGCAGACUAUGUCAACAUCCUGGUCCAAUACCAAGAAUGGUCCAGCCGAUUUUAUUGCUAGGUUUGGCUUUGAUCAAGAUUAUUUGGAGACCGAAGACUUCUUUGUAGACGUGUUUGGUUAAAUUUCCUCCUAAUCUGUGUGUAGUAGUUUGAGUAUAGUAAUUUGUGAAUAGUAGUUUGUGUAUAAUAAUAUGUCCUAUUUUAAACAAUGUUUUCACGACAUGAUAAUGUGGUCUAGGGCAAACCAUAAGCCUGGGUUUGAGAGUAAAGGAUAUUAAAUAGAAACCGGAUUUCCGGUGACCUUUCUUUGAAUUAUUUGAUAACGUCUGGUUCAUUAGAAUGACACCAUCAGUUUGUCAUCUUUGCUGUCACCUGAUUGAUUAUUUUUUUAAAUAGUCUUGUAAAGUUUGUAAGGCCACACAUCAAAGAUGAGCAUAAAAAUAUCAAAAUACAUACAACUAUAUUCUCAAACGUUGAAGGACAACAUAUUAACUUUACCCUGUAACCUUCACCCUCACAGCCCAGUCCGUGCGAGACGCUGCCCACUGGUGUGUAUCCAGACCAGGCCACAGGAUGCAGUAACUUCAUUGAAUGCCAGAAAGGGGUCAUGCUGACCAACGGAACGUGUGCUCGGGGGACAGUCUUCAGCGCCAUCACAGGUGAGCAAAGCACGACGACAGCCUUCUGUCUUGUAAUGUCUGCAGCUUGAAACAACGCGUCUAUGACCCAAACCGCUCAUUGAAAUAUUAAUAGAGUUGUACAUUCAUGCUUUUUUUCCUUUCAUAUUUAGCUUUAAAUUGUACUUUUUUUUUUUUUUAAAUGAAAAAGUUUAUAACUUGAAAGAAUUGGUUAGAUUAUAAAUUUAAUGGCAAUGUACAUUUUUUUACUGAGCUUUCGUUUUGCUUAAAACUUUGAUCUCUGUUAUUCAAGUUUUUUGAAAUAUUAAUAGAGUUGUACAUUCAUGCUUUUUUUCCUUUCAUAUUUAGCUUUAAAUUGUACUUUUUUUUUUUUUUUAAAUGAAAAAGUUUAUAACUUGAAAGAAUUGGUUAGAUUAUAAAUUUAAUGGCAAUGUACAUUUUUUUACUGAGCUUUCGUUUUGCUUAAAACUUUGAUCUCUGUGAUUCAAGUUUUUAAUGUAUUUGUUCCAGUCCUUAAAAAGAAUAUUUUGAAAACGACUUUUAACAUUUUAAAAUUUAAACAAAAUUUAAAAAAUAAAUAAAUAUACAAGUUAAAAUAAUAGAAGGAUAAUGGACGGUUAUAGUGAAAUUAACCCUAUUUCAUUACCACUCAAAUGAUUAAGAUGUAAAUAACAUUAUGUAACUGAAAGGAUUAAGAUGUAAUUAACAGAUUAUGUUACUGAAAUGAUUACGAUGUAAUUGACAGAUUAUGUAACUUUACUUCAUUAUGAUGAUUCUGUUCCUCGUAGGUCGCUGUGACCUGCCCGAGAACGCCCCACCCCCCUGUGGGUUCUCUGACACGUGCCGGGGUAAGACCGACGGACGGUACCCGGCCCUGACCCGGGGCUGCAGCUUCUUCUACGAGUGCUACCACGGGGAGUUCAUCAGCCUGAGGCGCUGUACGGCCAGCGACGGCGGCUUCUUCUUCAACCCGGCCACGGGGGACUGCGACUACCCUCAGAACAUCUGCCCCCCAUGUGGCUACAAGUGGUGGGGAUGGUGA